CCAUUUCCCAUUACUAUUAUUCUUGUUCACUCUCCAGAAGAAAACAGAGCCGAUCCCGAGAUUUUCCUCCAGCAAUUAGUCCUUACCAUCUCCUUCUCCGGAAAAUCCAUUUGCGUUGGUAGUUUGUUCUAAUUAAAGUUUAGAAUCCUCAAAACUUGAAGCCCCACAGAAAAGAGAAAAUUAUAGGAGGCGGCAUGGAUUCAGGGGAUUCAUCAAUGUCUAAGGUGUUUCAUUUUUCAUCUGGAAACCCUCGCAUCGAAGAAACCAGGGGUGUCAUGCAUCUCUUCUGCAACGAACAACCUUCUUUUUCGUCUCAGUUACCUGUGGGAAGAAAGCCUCUCCUCUGCGUGCUCAGUGUUCCGAAUCACAUGACAUAUGCAGACUUUUGUCAGUUUUGUGGUUCAUUUGUUCAACAUAUGUUGGAAAUGCGAAUUGUCAGGAAUGAUGGAAUGGAAGAUUGUUACAGUAUAUUGAUCAGGUUUGAUGAGCAGAAAGCUGCAGACACUUUUCACAAGCAUUUUAGUGGUAGAAAAUUUUCAUCUCUUGAGGACGAGACCUGCAAUGUGUUUUUUGCUGCCGAUGUUCAUUACACUGGUUCAAUUGAACGCACCCAGUCCAUACCUGCAAGCUCUACAGAGCAACCAUUCUGUCCUGUUUGUCUUGAGAGACUGGACCAGGAUACAAGUGGAAUUCUCACAACCAUUUGUAAUCAUUCGUUUCAUUGUUCAUGUAUUUCUAAAUGGACAGAUUCUUCGUGCCCUGUAUGUCGAUACUGCCAGCAGCAGCCUGGAAACUCAACGUGUUCUAUCUGUCAAUCACCAGAAAAUCUAUGGAUGUGUGUUAUUUGUGGUUUUGUUGGGUGUGGAAGAUACAAAGAAGCUCAUGCUAUAAGGCACUGGAAAGAGACACAACAUUGCUAUGCACUUGAACUGGAAACGCGUCGUGUCUGGGACUACUCAGGGGACAACUAUGUUCACCGUUUGAUUCAGUCUAAAACUGAUGGCAAGUUGGUUGAGCUCAACCACCAUUGUCAUCAUGAUAAUGAUGGCUGCUGCAGCUGCGAAUGUGCUACAGAUCCUGGAUUUAGUGAGACUCUUGUAAACAGCAAAGUUGAAGCUAUUGUGAACGAGUACAAUGAGCUCUUGACUUCGCAAUUGGAGAACCAAAAAAUGUACUUCGAGUCCUUACUGCAAGGGGUUGAAGAAGAAACUGAUAGGGAAAUUAAGGAAGCUGUUGAGAAAGCACUAUGUCAGACUCCAAGGUUGAUGAAGUUAAAAGUGCGUUUGGACAAAUGCAUUGAAGAGAAGAAAUUUCUUGAUGAUAUCAAUGACAAUCUUACCAGAAACAAGGAGAUAUGGGAAGCCAAGAUAUCAGAGAUUGAAGAAAGGGAGAAGAGGAAGUUGAAAAUAAAGGAUGAGAAGAUACAAGAAUUGGAGGAACAGCUUGCAACUGUGAUGGCAUCCAUCGAAAAGGAGAAUGCAAUUCAAGAGAUGCCUUAGUCUAAUGAUGAAAUUAGGGCAACAAGUGACCUGGAGUCGAAGCCAAUCGAAAGAGUAGCACCUUGAAGUUGUGUCGGGAGAAGCAGCGGGGAUCAUAAAGUAGUUAUUUUAGGCAGUGUCUUACAAAUGUGAAAAUACAUAUCUUGUAUAUUGGAAGGAUAUUAGGUGUUGUCCAGAAAACUCUCUAUAGUGGCCUCAAUCGAAAGUAGUUCCCAGCUUUUAGCCGUUGAUUAUGGUUAACCUCUUUUGUUUAUGAAUGUAUCGAAUCGAAAGGGUAACACAUUCGUGAAGGAUCUUCAAUUAAUUGAUGCUAAACAUGUAUCGAAUACUAUUAUCCAAGUAAUAAACCAGUUAACGUACCCUGUCA